AUGCUUUCACCACCAAACACUUAUCUACCAGGACAUAUAUCACUUAUAACUCAACCAUCGUUGGCUCGUUCGCGUAAUCGAAAUUCUACGAUAAUCAUAGACGAUCAUAUUUCAUCAUCUCGACGAAAUUCAUCCGAUAAUAACACGUCAUGUUCAUCGCCAUUAUCAAUUACACAUUCUGUAACAAAAAAAAGUCAUGAAUCGACAGAUUCUGGACUCGAUUUAUCUUUUUCGACAAGUUCAUCACAACAUAAAUUAUUACAAGAAACGAAUACACAAUUGAAUAAUAACAGUAAUAAUACUGAUGCAUUUCGUCAAAAUCGACCAUCGAUUCGUCCAUUAAGUGCAUUAAGUGAAGAAAGUGAAUUUAUUCAAAGUGGACGACAACUACUAAAUCCGCGAAAGCAUCGUUCACAAUCAGAUGACGAAGAUGAUCAAGGUUAUGAUGACAAAUAUCGUUUAGAAAAUACACAUUCGGAAAUUCGAACCAGUUCGGUUGAUCGUCAUCUAAACAAAGUAUCACCCGCACCGUCCGUUCGACUACGUCAAAAACCUUUCUUUCCUCCAAUAAUUUUAACAAAAGAGCUACAAAGUCGUUCAAGUUCAUUUUCUAAUACUGAAGUGAAUGCAAUUGAUAAAACUACAAUUAAUACGAAAUUAUCAAAAAAAUUGAAACGAGCCAGUGAUGGAGCUCUAUUAGAUAUUGUGUCACGCGAAGAAAUACACUCAUCAUCAUCAUAUGGAAAUACAAAAUCAUUAGAACAGCUAAAUGAGAGUCCAAUACCACCGAGGCGAAGAUUAUCGAAUAAAUCGGAAGAAAAUAGUCUUCUUUCCUUGACAAAUAAUAAUAAAAAUAAUCGAGUAGAUAAUCGUCUUCUUCUAAAUGAUAUGAUAAAUGAAUUACCGAACAAUCAUUUGCUUGUUAAACCAAGCUUAUUUAUAAAAAACGAAACGAAUGUGGCAGCAACAAGCCAGUUUGUCACUAAUAUCGAUCAUCAACAUCCUUCUCAUGUCAAGAAACCGACUGUACUAAAACCUCUCAAAAAGAAGAAAAUUGUACCUGCUAUUGCUGAACCGUACAAUCGUGACACGACUGCAUCUAGAAUAGACAUAUAUCAUCAUCAUCAUCAGGAUCAUCCAUCAUCAGCUAGUAAUACAACAAUGCCACGAACAACAACAAAUAAAAUAAAAUUUCUUCUUGAAACACCAACACUACCAGAGUCAAAACAGACAGGCUUCAAACUAAACCCACAAAAAUCCCAAACAGUGAUGGAUUUUCAAGAGAAAACCAUGGAUCAGCGAGGAGCACAUGAAAAUAGAUCUGUAAUAGAUCGAUCUGAUACCUUUGAACAACAACAGUUUCUUCCAAAACAUCUAUAUCGACCUAUUCAGAAAGAACAAGUGUUAAAAUCAAAUACAAAUAAUACAUUUCAACAGUUUUUACCAUUUAAUACAUUAACAUCCAAAAAAACAACGCCGAACCAUCAAAGAGGAAGCGAUCAGAAACGAUCUAACGGUGAAAUGUCAACAGGAGAAAAUGAACUUAUAUCGACUAUCAAAGCAUCACAGAAGAAAAAAGCAUUACAAGAACAGAAAAGGAUGAAUGACAGGGACGAGGAGGAAAUUAUUGAAGAUUUUUCACAUCAACAAUCGCACUACAAGACUGUACCUCAAGUUUAUCGGCCACAAGCAUUUGGUUACUUUAUAACUGAAGAAAAUUUGAAUCAGCUGAUGGUCUAUGACGAAGAAGAUGAAAAUUAUGAUAGCGACGAUGGAUGGUCGGUUUCUUCGGUGGAUAUACGUGUAGUUGCUUCCGCCUCAGACUCGUCGGCGUUAAUUCGUCGUUUCAACGUGAGUUAA